AUGGCCGCAGAACAAGAUGUAGAAGUAGAAGAUGAACUGGCCAAAGCUCAACGAACAUUACGCGAAUUGAAAGCCAAAAUAUCAGCCCAAUCGAAAAAAAACUUUAUGCGUGAACGAGACGUGCGAUUUCUGGAUUCUCGUAUUGCUCUUUUAAUUCAGAGUCGAAUGGCAUUGGACGAGCAAAACGAAGUCGCUUCACGUUUGGAAGAACACGACGACGAUAAUGACGAUCAUUACCCCGAUGACCGAAAAAUGCAACAAUACGGCAACCUCUUCUUUCUGUUGCAAAGCGAACCUCGCCAUAUUGCCACUCUGUGUCGUCUCGUGAGUCUCGCCGAAAUCGACACCUUGCUUCAAACCGUCAUGUUCACCUUGUACGGAAACCAGUACGAAAGUCGUGAAGAACAUUUGCUUUUAACCAUGUUUCAGAAUGUCCUAGCGGCACAGUUUGAAACGACGGCUGAAUUCACGUCUUUACUUCGGGCCAAUACACCCGUCUCGCGUAUGAUGACAACGUAUACCCGUCGUGGACCCGGUCAAUCGUACCUGAAAUCCGUCUUGUCCGAUAAAAUCAACAAGUUACUCGAGCAUAAAGACCUUAAUUUGCAAAUUAAUCCGCUUAAGGUCUACGAUGAGAUGAUUGAACAGAUGGAAGAACAAGGCGAAUUACCAUCCAAUAUCAUGAGAAGCGUGACAUCUGAUGUCGCCGCCGCGCAUCCACGCGUGCAAGCCAUGAUCCAUCCACGAUUGAAAACGCUGAUGGAUAUCGCCAAUUCUUUUCUAGGCACCAUUAUUCAUUCCUUGGAUCAAGUACCUUACGGUAUCCGAUGGAUUUGUAAACAGAUCCGUUCCCUUACCAAACGCAAAUAUCCAGACGCCACUGACCACGCCAUCUCUUCACUCAUUGGCGGAUUUUUCUUCUUACGUUUUGUCAAUCCGGCGAUUGUCACCCCGCAAGCAUACAUGCUCGUCGAUUGUGUUCCCAGCAAUCACCCUCGUACCACCUUGACUUUGAUUGCAAAAAUGUUGCAGAACCUCGCGAAUAAGCCAUCUUAUGCCAAGGAGAGUUACAUGAUUCCUACGAACCCUUUCGUGGAAGAGAACAAGCAACGUACGAUGCAGUUUCUUAACGAUCUGUGCGAAGUUGGAGACUUUUAUGAAUCGUUGGAAAUGGACCAGUAUAUGGCCCUGUCGAAAAAAGACAUCGUGAUCAACAUUACGCCGAAUGAAAUUUACAAUACACAAGCGCUGCUUCAGCAACACAUCCAAAUCCUGGCCCCCAAACCCACCGAUCACCUGCGUAUCCUUACAACGGAAGUAGGCCCCGCCCCCUCUCAAGUCCCGCGCAAGGAAAACAAACCCAUUGAAUUACCCUUGUUCAGCCGAUGGGAAAUGCCUAUCCAGGAUCUAACAAUGACCCUCAUGUCAGAAAAUAACAUUACGCAAAAUGACAUUUUGUAUAUGGAAACCAAAGCGAUUUUUGUGCAAUUGAUUCGUUCGCUUCCGCAUUUGAGCAAACAGCCCUUGAACUUGCAGAUGAUUGCUGAAACUGCCGCCACCGCCACCAAAGACGGUCAGUUGGUUCGCAAAGGUAUCAAAGUGAAGGAAAUGCUGCGUGAAUUGGAAGAGGCGGGGAUUAUCGAUCAUGGCGAUGGAUAUCAGCUGCUGGUGGAAGAGAUCACGCAGGAACUAGCUCAUCUCGGUGACCUCAAGUUGAAAGUCAUGGAAGAGAUCCGGUCAUUGGAAAGUGUCUACAAGACGAUUCAGGAUCAUAACAAUUACCUCAAGAGCCAAUUGGAGAGCUACAAAGCGUACCUUCAAAACAGUGGCGGCGGCGGCGCCGACAAGUCGAAUAAGAAACAAGUCGGUAUUGGUGUGGAAGUGGAUGGCAAAGUAAAGAAGUCGGUGAAAACCAUCCACAUCCAAGGCCCUUUUAAAUUCACUCAUCAACAACUGGAAAAGGAAGGCAUCAUUGCUCACACCGAAGUCCCCGAAAUAAGACGAAAUAAUAUAUAUUUAACGAUAUCAUCCCCGAUUCCCGGCACUUUUAUCAUUUCCAUUCAUUACAAGGCGCGCGAUAAACCAAUCCUGGAGAUUGAUUUAAAGCUAGACGAUUUACUUGAAAAGCAGCAAGAUAAUAUUUCCAUGUUGGAUCUCGAAUACAUCCAACUGAAUGUCAGUAAAACGCUGCAGUUACUGACAAAGACAUUCAUGACACGAAACAAGUAA